AUGGAUUUCAAGAACGAGUACGUCCCUGCGAUGGAUUGGAUACAGAAGGUGAAGACAGGCGACCCGGAGCGUGCAAACUAUGAUUCGCUGCCGCGUCGUCUCCAGAGGCGCAUUCAGUGGAUUAUCGAUGAGUUCAACGAUGACCAAGAGGACAAUGGCAUGCGUGGCAAGAAGCUCUUGUCACACGGAGGCGAUGAGUACCAGCUGUACGAGUACGAGUGGCUCUACAACAACAAACCAGAUUUCGUCGAGCGCGCACUGCAGGACAAGCGAGCAGAAAAUUGCAACGGUCUUUUGUGGCUACUUGAUUUUGCGAACUAUUGCGAAGAAAUGAUAAUGUUGGAGCAGAAAGAGGAACUACAGGCCCACGAAACUUGGAAUUCAACGGAAGAAAGUGGAACCGAACAUGUCUCCGAUUCCGACGGGAAUCGCACGGGAAAUUGUAACCAAUUAUAUUCCGCCGCAGCUCGACAUAAUGGCUAUGUAUAA